UUGGAGAGGGGCGAAGAGACACGAAGAGGAGAACCGACGGAGACGAGUCGAGUUUCGGGUUUGGGCUCGCUCGACGCUCGAGCCGUGCUUCAGUCGGCCGGCAAGCUCGCGUGCCGAGCCUUCGCGUCCCGUCGGCGACCUUUAUCGGCUUCGUUUUCCUCGUCGCUCGUCCCUCGUAAUCUCUUCUACCUUCCGUCUUUCCCUCUCGAUCUCUCGAGAUUUCAUGGAUAAACGUUCCUUCGCGUCCUCGAUCGAAUGCCGCCACCCCUACAACUAGGAAGCACCGUAAACCAUGGAUCGAUCUCCAAGGGACAUCGGGAAGCCUUCCACGAUGAGAACUCGAGAUCCGGAUUAGUCGCUCGUUGGAUCACGUUUCUUCUUUUCCGACGACGACGAAGACGACGACGACGACGAGCGAGCGAGUUUCUUUGAUAAUCCUGUGCGCCGAAUAUCGAAUAUUUUCGGAUACUACGAAUAACGAGAGUGAAAGGUGAAAAGUGAACGAACGAUCUCGCAGUGGUCAUUUACCGACGAUCCGAAAUAAAUCGAAUGUUCGACGACGAAGAAUGCUUCCGUUUUCCCUCUCGCGAGACGCUCGCUCGUACGACGAUGUACAUUCGCCGUUGUUUCUCGCGUCGAAUAGGUUCGAGGGGAGAGCGUAAAUGACACGUAUCUCGAGACGAUAAAAAUAAAAGGAAAAGAAGAAAAAAAAGACGGACGUACCUCGUUGUCGCGAACAAAUCGUUGUCCGCGGGAAUCCCCGUGCUCUCGUAGAGAGAAAGAGUGGGAGAGAAAGAAAUAUAAGCGUUCUCGUUUCGCGAGUUUUGCGAGCGUGGGAUCGAUAUACGGAGGUCCCAACGCGCGCGAUAGCCAUCGCGGUCUCGUGGCGGGGCAACGUUGCGUCGCGUCGCGUCCUCGAAAAAACGAUCGCAAAUCCUGAGAAUCUCGACGUUCGAUAGGAUCGCAUCUUCUCGAGAAAUCCCGUAUCGAACUGUUAUCGUCCGUUCUUGGAACGUCGGACGAAGAUCGAACUCGCAAAAAGUUCGUAAUAAGCGAGUUCGCGCGGCCGACCUACCUUUCGACGACGAAGAAAAGGGAGAAGCGUUCCGUUGCUUUUUUUUCGGUGCCUCGACGAAGAGCGCGAUCGGUGAAAGGAGGGAAAAGGAAGGAGAGGAAAUGAGAGGAAAGGAGAGAGAGAGCGAGUGACUCGUCGAGCCGUUGCCCGAACGGGCUGGUGGAUCUACCGCACGCGUUAAUGAAAGGGCUGCGCCUUUGCCGGACGCGAACGAAGAAAUGACAAGGGCGACAGGUGCCGCUUUGCGCGUCCACUACUAACCGCACGAAGAGCCGCUUGACUAAUCUUCGAAAAAAACAUGCAUCCUCCUAAUUCUCCCUAAUCUCGACGAUGGUCGUACGGCGAUUCGAAAGUCUCGUCUCCGAUUACGAGCGUUCGCGACGCGAUCGCUAGGCUUUCCCUCGAGAGAAUCGGCGCGAGCGAGUUCUUCGAAGAUGCGAAAGAGUCCCAAAGAUGCGCAGGACCAGCAGCAAUGGCUUAAAGCUCGAUCUAACGGAGAACACGCCAGGUAGCUCGUUGUCUAGGUUACCGAAUUUGGUCGAGCAUGCGGAGAGUUGCCAGGCCCUGUCCACCGGCACGGGAGAGAAUUUAAGCAGCAAAUUGCCGAACGUGGUCGAGGGCUCGAUGGACUAUGGUAGCGAACGUAGGUCCUCCCGGUACUUGGAGUAUCAAGAUUCGAAGUCCUACCAGGAUGGUCAGGCCGCGUCGUCGGUGGCCGGCGGUACGUACGAUCACGUCGAUUAUCACGAACAACUGAGGGCUUACAGGAACUGCGAGAGAAAGACCGGGCCGAGCUACGGUAGAGAAAACGUCGAUAGAUACGAGGACAAUAGAAUAUAUCCGGAGGACGGUCCGAGGUACGAUCGUCGAGGAGCGGCGGUCGAGGAUAGAACCUACGAGGAAUCGGAUUUGGACGGGUCUUACGAAAGAAGCGACGCUCAAAAGUUGAGCACCAGAGCUUAUCCCACGGAGCUGCAGGACGCGAGCAGACGAUACUCGAGGGACUUGACGGAUUACGAGUACGCUUCGAGAUACGCCGAGGAAACGUUGAAGCUCGAACCGAAGAAGGAUCAUCAUCAUCAUCACCAUCACCAUCAUCACUCCGGUAAGAUCUACGAGGCCCCGGUGGGUGCGUCGAAGGGUUACGAGUCCGGCGUCAAGACCCACGACUCGGCUUACGAGCUCGGCAGCUGCGCCGGACAACAACAACAGCAGCAGCAGCAGCAGCAGCAGGAUCCGGGGUCGACCGGUAGGAAGUAUGAGAGCAAGUAUCAUUCGGCCGGCAAGAUGUACGGGACUUUACCGAGGUACGACACCGCCGGCAAGUCCUCCAGCUACGAGGCCGGUUACGAGCCGAGAUCGUUCGAGUCCAAGUACGAGGAACAAGCGUACGAGACCGGUAGCAAAGCUUUCGAUCCCAAAUACGAAUUAACGAGCUCGAAGAGCUACGAGAGAUGCAAGUACGACGGCUCCUCUUCGGGCAGAUACCGCGACAAGUCCUACGAGCAAACGCUCAAGAUCGGCGAGCUCGGUUCGUCCUCGUCGGCCGGUCCUUACGCGAGAAAACAGAAUCAAGAACACGAAGACGUCGCCGCGGAGAAGAUGAACGGUUACAGGAAGAACACGUUCGAGGCGUACGGGGUUUACUCGGAUCCGGAGGACGACCACGGUUUUCUAGCCGAGAAGAAAGCUCCUCAAUACACGUACAAAGGGGUAGUCGUUAACGCCAGCGGGGAAUCGAGCGUCGUCGAGAAGCGCGCGAAGGACAACAGGCAAACGGAAAUGCCCCGAAGUCCUUGGUGCAGGCCUAUGAUCUUGCUGCUCCUUCUGGUCCUCCUCGUCGUUAUUUUCGUAUUCGUCGCUGGAAUACUUUUGUAUUUCAAUUAUAUGUCCUACAAACCACGCCAUCCCGUUAUCGAGGGUAAGGAUCUAAAUUUCGCCAGUAAUAACGCCGAACCCUGCGAGAAGACUUAUUGCGCUUGGGGCGCGACGUGCGUCGUAUCCGAGAACGGAAAAGCUUUGUGCCAGUGUCCAACGAAUUGUCCGUCAAAUUCCGCACAGGUUUGCGGCUCCGACGACGUGACGUAUACGAAUCAAUGUCAUCUGAGACAGGCGAGCUGCCAGAGAAGGAAGAAUACUAGAAUAAAACACGAGGGUGCCUGCGAGAUCAAAGAUCCGUGCAGCAAGUUGAACUGCUCUCAAGGUGCCCAAUGCGUGCGAAGUCGCGACGGUACCGAGGCCUCGUGCGAGUGCCUGCAAACGUGUCCGAACUUGGGAGAUCACGAGGGCUCUGGACCCGUUUGCGGCACGGACGGCAUCGACUACCCGACCUUGUGCGACCUGAACAAAGGCGCUUGUGCGAAAGGCGCAAACAUCAGCGUGGCUUUUCGCGGCAAAUGCGAUCCCUGUGGUAGCGUCGAAUGCAUGGAACCAGAAAUCUGUCAGUUGGAUGGCUCCAGGCAACCCGCUUGCCGUUGCGGGGAACAGUGCGGACUCGAAUUUUCGCCCGUAUGCGGAAGCGACGGUAAGACUUACUCGAACGAGUGCAGUCUCCGACAAGAAGCUUGCAGAUCGAGACUUCCACUUCGAAAGAUCUAUAAUGGUGCCUGCAGUUCAGGUAUCAAUCCCUGCGACGAGGCGAAAUGCGGUUCGUACGAACAAUGUGCCAUCAACCGAUAUGGUAUUGCGAGCUGCGAAUGCGGUCCGGAAUGCGAGCCAGUCAUGAGACCAGUUUGUGCGCGCGGUGGCACCACCUACACGUCCCUUUGCGAGCUCAAGAGACGGGCCUGUCUAACGAAGAGCAAUAUCGAGGUCGCUUACACGGGUACCUGCGGCUCGAGAGGACCCUGCUCCGAAAAGGUCUGCCAAUGGGGUGCAAUUUGUGCGGAAAACGGCGGAACCGCCAUUUGCGAGUGUCCUACCUGUCCAGCGGAGUUUCAGCCAGUUUGCGGGGACGACGGCAUCAGCUACGGGAACGAGUGCAAGCUGAGAUUAGAGGCGUGCCAACAUCGCCGAGAGAUUCGAGUUCUUUAUCAGGGCUUGUGUAACGGUUGCGAAAAUAAGAAGUGCGAACAUUACGCAGAAUGCGAGAGCGACAGCGCCGGAGAGGCAAAAUGCGUUUGCCCGACGAAAUGCGAAAAUUCGGGGAAAGAGCCGACGGACAAAGUUUGCGGAUCCGACGGUGUGACCUACGAGAACGAGUGCGCCUUGAAGAAGGUUUCCUGCACGACUCAGACUGAAAUCGUCAUCCAUUAUAUGGGCGAUUGUGAACUUUGCGCGAGGGUGGAAUGCGAAAACGGAGGCCGCUGUAUGGCAGGGGUCUGCGUAUGCCCGGAGAUCUGUCCGGAAAGUAACGGAGAGCCUGUAUGCGGUAGCGACGCCAAGACUUACCAAUCCGAGUGUGAAUUACAAAAGGCAGCUUGUGGGAGGGACCCGAAAUUGCCGGCCCUGCACGUGAUUUUCUACGGCGACUGCGGUGAAAGAUUCGCUGUGGCAGCGCUGACGACGAUGUCGACCCCGGCUCUGACACGCGUGGCCACCACGGUCGCCGACGUUACCAGCACUCAAGAACGAGAGGCUUGCAAGGACAUUCAUUGCGAUUUCGAGGCCACGUGCGAACUCGGACCGGAUAAAUUUCCAAGAUGUAGCUGCCGAUUCGAUUGUGCCUCGAUAUCGCCGGAAAAUAUGCGUCCGGUUUGCGGCAGCGAUCUUAGGACAUAUUCGUCUCUCUGCGCGAUGAAGAUGGAGGCCUGUCAGCGACAACAGGAGUUACGACUGAGGCCCCUUGAUCUUUGUCAAGGCAUGGAGGUAAAACCUUGCAACGGAGAUCCACCGUUGAUAGACGCCGAUGGCAAGGAGUACGACUGUGGAAGCGGACCCGAUCGCAGAGAUUGUCCGAGCAAUAGCUAUUGCCAUCAAACUCCACGAUUCGCUCGCUGUUGCAAGAAAGUCCAAGGAAUUCAAGUGGUCAAGUGCUCGGAUUCCUGGCACGGCUGCUGUCCGGACGGUAAAACCGCAGCGCUUGGACCGGAUGGCGCUGGUUGUCCCAGUUCGUGCAAUUGUAACAGACUGGGUAGCGUAUCCGACACCUGCAAUCCGGAAACCGGACAGUGCGAAUGUCGACCAGGAGUGGGUGGUCUCAAGUGCGACAGAUGCAUGCCAGGUUACUGGGGAUUGCCAAAGAUCAGCGAGGGACAUCAAGGAUGUAUACCCUGCGGUUGUUCGCUCUUUGGUUCGGUCCGGGAGGAUUGCGAGCAAAUGACCGGACGUUGCGUCUGUAAGCCCGACAUUCAAGGGCAAAAGUGUACGAUCUGCACCGAUCACAAUAAAAUACUCACGCCUACCGGCUGUUAUUCAGCCGAUACGAUACCGCCGAUUCCAACCUCUUGCAAGGAACUGGAGUGCUAUUCCGGAGGACAUUGCUCCGAAAUAGGCGGUCCACACUGCGUCUGUCCGUCCUCCUGUCCAACGGACAUACCGUUGGUACCGGUUUGCGGUAGCGACGGACAGACCUACGACAGCGAGUGCGAACUACGUCUCUACGCGUGUCGUCACCAGGCGGACGUGGUGACCCAGGCCUUUGGUCACUGCAGAGACGAUCCUCUCGUGAACACGGACUUCCCCGUUAAGAGAUACACCGCCGUGCAAUACACUCAACCAGCAGCCGCUAUUUCACCAUUAUCUAAAUCUACCAGGCACCUUUUGGUCCCAGAACCAGAUCCACGAUACUAUUACACUCAUCGAGCUCAUCAAGAAACCAUCACCAUCGACAGAGAUAACCUUAAGCACGGAAUCGCUGCGGCAUAUCGGCCGACGCCCGCUACUAUUAGAGUCGUCACGGCGCUUCUCGGUGAUCUUUGCACCGACGAUAAGGACUGCACGAUUCCCAAUAGCGAAUGUUCCAACGGAGGUUGCAUCUGUUCCGAGGGUUACGCGGAAACCAGCGAUCGACAAGAAUGUUUCGCCAAUUACGUGCCAGUAACACCGACGGAGGAAUUUCGUGCCUGUCUCUCCUAUCCUUGCCACAUGACAUCAACGUGCAUCGACCUGCCGAGCGCAACAUUCGUCUGCAUCUGUCGGCCGAAUUACACGGGGCUGCUGUGCGACGAAGAGAUAAACAAGAGAGAUUACGAGGUACCUUCCUUCGACGGUAAGAGCUACGUCAGAAUGAGCAGGCUGAAGGCCUAUCAUAAGUUCAGCAUCGAGGUCGAAUUAAAGACCUACGCCGACAACGGAAUCAUACUUUACAAUCAGCAGAAGAGCGACGGGACCGGCGAUUUCGUUUCUCUCGCUAUCGUCGACGGACACGUACAAUUUAGAUACAAUCUCGGUAACGGUCCGGUUAUCCUCACUUCGCCGGAAAAAGUCACCAUGAAGACCUUCCAUAGAGUAGCGGCGAAAAGGUAUCACAAGGACGGAGUACUGAUCUUCAACGAUGGCGAGGAUAUCGUUGGCCAGAGCCAAGGGGUGCUAAAGUCCUUGGAUCUGAACCAGGAUACCUUCGUUGGGAAUAUGCCCAGCAAUUAUUCAAAAGUCUACGACAAUAUCGGCACCAACCACGGUUUUCUGGGAUGCAUACGGAAGCUGAAGAUCAAUCGAAUAUUCGUCGACCUGCACGUUGGACGAGAUAAAGACGUUUUGGAGACUUAUCGCGUUAAGGAAUGCGGAGACAACGCGUGCGCCAAUCUUCCCUGUGAAAACGGAGCGACUUGUCAACCGAUCUACGAGGAGGAUCUCUGCAAUGGUCGGGAAUGUCGAAGAUUGCAAAAGAGGGGUAAGAAUAGAAUUAAUAAGAACGCUCGCAAGAACGGCGUAAGCAUCGUCAGGUGUAAGGGUUCGCAUUGCGCCUCGAUCGAUCAGCCAAGAUCGAAGAAGAAUUCGAAAAAACGUUGCGUUGGUACAAAGUGCGAUUACGACUACGAUCUCGAUUACGAGGGGAGUUUCGAGCGUGGCAAUUACGCGGUCGAAAAGUACGAGCCACCGGAUUACAAGUGCAUUUGCCCGCCUCAAUUCACCGGCCGGAAUUGCGAGGAAUCCUUGGAUCCUUGUAUCGACGAGCCCUGCCAACACGGUGCCACUUGCGACAUACUGCCCCAGGGUGGAUACGUUUGCAAAUGUCCACCCGGAAGGACCGGCGUUCAUUGCGAAAUUCUGGACGCGGAAUUAACGGAACUGUUAAUACCAGAGAUGUCCGGCGACGGUUUUCUCGAAUUGCCAUGCCUCGAAGGUGUCGCCAAAGCCUUUUCCAUCGAACUAUGGUUCCUCACUCUCGUCAACGACGGCCUUCUGCUAUACAACGGCCAACUGAACAACGGAAGAGGCGACUUUAUCAGUUUGAACUUGGUCCACGGUAGACUAGAGUUCAGGUUCAAUCUCGGAAGCGGUAUCGCCAAUAUCACGUCCCCGGAUAUCGUUACUUUGGAUAGCUGGCAUUGCGUCAGGAUAAGCAGGCUCGGAAGGGAGGGCGUUCUUCAGUUGGACGACGGAACGGUGGCGAGAGGACUCUCUGGAAGUCCUCUGACGGAGUUGAAUCUGGAAACGCCUUUGUACGUCGGUGGAGUCAAACAUUGGAGAGAAGUACAUCGCUUGGCGGGAGCUUGGACCGGAUUAACGGGAGCCGUUCAAAGGCUGAUGGUUAACGGCAAGACUUAUCAAAAUCUUGCCGUAAACGUGACGCAACACAAUACCGAGAUCUACGACGGUUUACCUUGUCCGAGCAACGAGAAUCCUUGUCACAACGGUGGCGUUUGCCUUCCGCUCUUAAACAGUUACCUCUGCAAGUGUGCCAGCGGCUACAACGGACUGCACUGCGAGUUUUUCAUGGGGUACGACGUUUCCGGCACAGAAAUUUCCGAGAGACCGGUACGAUUCGACGGCGACAACUUCUUGCAAUUUAAGCAUCGUUACGGUAGAAGUACUAACACGACUAAUACUACCCUCGGAGAGUAUUUCGAGGAGUCCUAUUCCGACUACGACAUGGAGGAGGACGGAGAGUACGAGUACGACAGUUACGAUUAUACGGAACGCAGAGGACAACAAUCGAACAAGUUUGAGUUGCGACUGAGAACGAUUCAUCCGGAGGGCCUGAUCGCUUGGAUCGGAAGGGGAAAACUCGAACACCUUAUACUUUCCUUGCGCGGAGGAUACGUCGUUCUUUCUUACAAGAGUAAAACGGAACAGAUAAUGAUGAAGAGUAGGGAGAGAGUCGACGACGGUGUUUUCCAUCACAUAAGAGCGAGUCGAAGAAGGCGCGCCUCGACGAUACAAAUCGACGAAUUUGCACCGGUGAAGAUGCCAAUGGAAAGCGGAACCUUACUUACGACCAACGGGAAACUAUUCGUUGGUGGUAAACCAGGGCAUCGAGGUAUCAAGGGCUGCGUCACGGACUUUAUAGUCGACAAGCGUCGAUUGCAACUGAUCAGACGGAAGAUCGACUUUUGUCACGACAACGACGUAUGAUGAUAACGAAUCGCGGAGACGAUCCGACGAUUCGCCCGAUUCACGGCCUCUCUUCUUCUUCGUCCAAGUUCGUCGUUCGGUUCGUCCGGUUCGUCCGAUUCGUCCGGAUUGCGCCCGUUUCGUAUAUAUCGUGCGAACGUGUAGACGAAGAAGAGGAACGGAGCUUGGGAUACUCGACGAACGGACCGAAUCGUCGAACUAUCUUUCUUCCUUCCUUCCGGCUUCUCGACAUUCGAUCGCGAAGCCCCUACGACUUUCUCCAAUUCUAUCGUCGUUCGCCCCGAACGAUCACGAUUCCUGCCAAAGUCCUAGAUCGCGAGGAAACGAUCGCUCUCCGUAAUUUUCGUACGUCUCGCGACUGCCAUACUUGAUCCGUUAUAAUACUUUUCGCUUCGAAGGUCGAACGGUCGUCGUUGUCGUGUCUCUUUUCCGAUCGAUGCGAGAGAGAGAGAGAGAGAGAGAGAAGAAAAGUGCGAGCGUGGUAAAAGUGCUGCGUUUUCAUCGAAAGACAAUAAUAUAUUUUUAAGCUGAUACGAUAAUUAUAUGCAUAGUAUUAUAUUAUAUAUAAUAUAUGUAUAUGUAUGUACGUACUCGCGCGCGAGAUUAUUCGAGAAAGAAUACAAGCGCGUCGAUUAACGCGCAUAAAACGAGCAGAAAGUAAGGAUAGGCGAAUAAGCCUUCGACCGAGAUACUCGUAUUUAAAUAUUUACGAUAAGCUAUGCUAAUGCACUUAAAGAGCAAGAUAAUAACAAAGAACACUUAACAUUGCCAAGACUGAAUAAAUAUCGGGACGAAAGAAAUCUUAGAGAGAAAGAGAGCGCGCACGAGAGAGAGAAAGAGAGAGAGAGAGAAAG